CAGCAGCAGCAGCAGCAAUAUCAACAACAGCAGUACCGAUCAGCAGCGGGGCCUGGGGGCCAGGGCCAAGGGCAAGCCCCUCCCUUGUCGCCCCCAUCCCAAGCCCCCCCGUCCGGGCCAGGUGGAGCGGGAGCGUUGUAUGGUAGGGGAGGGCCACCGCCGGGCCAACAGCAGCAGCUGUACAGGGGCGGCCCUCCCUCCCAGAACCAGCAGUACGGCCAGGCCCAGGGGCAAGGAGGCGCCGGGGGUGGGGGUGGGGGGUACGGGGGUGGGGGCUACCCCGGCGGGCAACAGCAGCAGAUACCCCCCUGGGGGCAUGCCGCCGCCGCCGCAGCAGCAGCAGCCAGGGGGUGACGGCGGUGGAUUUCUGUCCCGCAUUACGAACAAGCUGAAGGGGACUGAUGGCCCGCCGAUGGGCGGGGCGCAAUCGGGGCAGGGAUACGGUGGUGGUCGAUACGGCGGUGGAGGCGGUGGAGGUUCGCAGCAAUACCCCUCUCAGGGAGGGACCCCGCAGGGGUGGCAGCCGCCGUCGAGGCCCGGGAUGGCUCUUCAGGCGACCGGACCGAGCAGGGGGCCGAUCCAGCGGGAUAUGGGGUACCAAGGACAGGACGGCGGGUACGGAGGCCACCAACAAGCAUACCAACAGCACCAACAGCCCGGUGGAGGAGGAGACGGCCCUGGGAUAUGGUCGAGGUUUAAGGGUAAGGUAUUUCAGGGGGAUGCAAAUGGAGAAGCGGAAGAUGGGCCGCCGAGCUUCCGACCCGGCGGAUCCGUGCUGAAGAAGAAGGAGGAAUCCGUGGCGAGUGCCAACAUCCAGGCGUUCGGCGGCCCCGGCGCCUACGGCAACCCCUUCCCAUCAUUCGCGGGUCCCCCUGGCUUGGGCGGGGGCCAACCGGACGGUCCGACGCCCGACCUCGCUGGGCCCGGCGCGCCGGAGGUGAUCUCCGUAGAUGGGAGCAUCGUCAUGGUGCUCAAGCCGAACGAUCUUGCCAAGAAGAAGAGAAAGUUCAAGCAGGCUGCAGGUCAUCGCGACGUUCGACCACUGCCUGACGGCGUUCUACGCCAAGGAUGGCAAGACGCCCUGUCUCAAGACUACUGACGCCUUGGAGCAG